AUGGAUGCCGCCCAUCCCGAGGCAUUUGUGAUUUUAGAGAAAGAUCUCACCAAACCAGCGACGGAUACCAAAACUUCCCUUCGCCCCUUCACAUCACAAGACCAAGGCAGUAUCGCCAAUGGCACAUUCGGUGGCCCAAUCGACCUUGACGAUGUCAUUCUUAGAGCCAAUGGCCAUGAAUCGGCCAUGCAGCGCCAGUUCAGCUGGAUGUCAGCUCUGGGUCUGGGAUUCUCCAUAACCAACUCAUGGGUUGGAUACCUAAGCAACUUCGGACAAAAUCUGGUUUACGGAGGGCCACAAUCUUGCUUGUUCGGUCUCUUGGCUGCCUUCGUGGCCCAGUUCAUCAUCUCACUUGGUCUGAGUGAAAUUGCUUCGGCCUUUCCUUCAAGCGGUGGUCAAUACCAUUUCUGCUAUAUCAUGGCACCUGCGAACACGAGACGAUUCACGGGAUAUUUGGUUGGAUGGAUGUCAACACUGGCUUGGUGGAUAGUCACGUGCUCUGGGACAUCUCUGUUCGCAGCCACCUUGUCAGGCAUGAUUGGCUUCUGGCAUCCAGCUUUCGAAGGGACUCAGUGGCAGAUCUAUCUUAUUUAUUGUGCAACGGCAACCAUAACAAUGCUUCCGGUGGUCUUCUCGUCGAAGAGAAUUACCUUGAUCGUUCAAACAUCGCUCUAUUCCUCCUUAAUCGGCUUCUUUAUCGUUCUACUUGUAAGCGCAGGCAUGCAUAAACACACUAUGCCCGCAUCGUUCAUCGUGCAUUCUGGACUCGGGUCUAGCGGUUGGUCACCAAGCGUUGCCUGGAUCCUAGGAAUUACCAAUGCCAUGUACGCUUUCGGUGGGACAGAUGGGGCGAUCCAUAUCAGCGAAGAGACAUCACAACCUGGGCGGAGAGUUCCUCAGGUCAUGAUGCUUACCAUUCUCAUUGGAUUAGGCACAGCCUUUCCAUUGUUUUUAGCAUUGAUGUUCUUCAUGACUGACCUGAACGCCGUCACUUCGGCCCGACUCCCAAGCUUGGAGCUGAUCAAUCAAGCGUCAGUUCCUCCCUGGUCCUACAUCAGGGAACAACAUCUGAUGAAUUUUACCAGGACUGGUAACGACGAUGUUACUCUAUUCCUUUUCGCCUACAUUUUGCUUAUAUAUCUAGUCUGCAUUCCAUCUCAAUGGGUAACCGGUGGCCGGCUAGCAUGGGCAUUUGCUCGUGAUUACGGAGUACCCUUCUCAGGGUAUUUCUCAAAGAUUGACGAAAAGCGGAAGCUGCCUCUGAGGGCAACCAUCGCGUCCUACACUUUUGCCUGUCUUUACGGGUUGUUAUAUUUGGCUUCAACGACAGCUUUCAACUCUAUUGUUACUUCGGCAGUUCUCUUCCUGAAUAUCACUUACGUGGUACCGCAAGGAAUUCUUCUAGUUCAGGGCCGGAACAACUCUCUUCCACCUCGCUAUCUCAACUUGGGCUGGUUUGGGUAUAUUUGCAAUAUGUUUUCUGUUCUGUGGAUUGUAGUUCUGGGAGCAUUCAUUUGCAUGCCACCAAUCUUGCCGGUGACAGCUGGAUCCAUGAACUAUACCAGUGUUGUUUUGGUUGGCCUCCUAAGCAUUGUGCUUCUGUUCUGGGUUUUGGAUGGACGCAAAAAUUUCAAAGGGCCGAACAUUGACUGGGAUAUGAUCAAGGCUUUGAAUUCCGCAGGGACGGCGACAGAAGGACACAGAGAUUAA